GGUUUGUGAAACCGUUUACCGACAAUUUUAACUGAUGAAAUUUGAUAUAGAGAACUUUGCUGUGAAAAUGAAUAAGGGAGUCGCAACAAUCCAAAAUGAAGUUGACAACUCAGAAACAAAGAUACAAAAUUUAAAGUCAGCAGUUAGGCACGUGGCAGUGCGAUACGUCGUAAAACGAAUACGAGAACUUGAUGAGGAAAGGGACACGUUUUACGCAGACUUCUUUCUUGAGACAAAAUGGUUUGAGCCUGAGUUAAAUGGCAAGGAAAAUCAGGACAUCAAGGAACUUUCCUCUUACUGGAACCCACGACUGGUGGUUGAGAAUGCCUUGGGUGCUGUUGAGGUCGAAAGCGAAUUGUUAUUUAGCUUGGACUCUGGGGGCAAAGCCAUCGUCACAGAACUUAGACACAUCAAAGGCAACUUCCUGCACAACUUUGAGCUUGGCCAUUUUCCAUUAGAUACCCAGGAACUUGAAAUCAUAAUCAAGUCGGAAAGAAGUGACAACAAGCUAAAUUUCGUCAGAAGCGAGAUAAGUACAAUCAACCGACAGUUUACACUAAGGGACUGGAAAAUCAACUAUUGCGUCGAUCUCACCAAUAAAAAUGUAUACGAUGAAAUACGAUCCAAAAGUAAUCCAACUGUCAGGGCAACGAUUCGUAUCUUGAGAUUCCCGGGAUUCUACAUCGCUAACUAUUUUCUACCCUUGUUCCUCAUCAGCCUUGGAAUCCCCAUGACGUUCUUAUUGGAUGUAGCAACCCAAACCCACGUGCGAUUGACGCUGGCGUUUCUCAUGACUCUGUCGAUGAUGAUCUGGAAGCUUCUCGUCACUGGAUCAAUGCCAAACAUCAAGACAACUACAUUUUUAGAGGUGAACUUUGUGAUAGUGUUCAUCAGUAACAUCACAGUAGCAGCAUGGCACGCCAUGACCUACCUCAUAACAGAUUUCAACACGAAGAAACAAGCCGACUUGUAUUUUAUGAUGGUUCUCCUGUUCUUCUUCACUCUCUCGCACGUUAUCUUCUACACCUGGAUGUUCGCUGUGUUCAACGACUAUGAUAAAACAAGGAAACGAGCUGAGGCAAGGUUCAAGGUACAGAUCGCUAGAUUGAAAGAAAUUGCAGGAAAUACAAAAAUGGUGCAGACAUCAAUAUCAACCGCCACCUCAACUAAACGUCAAUCAGAUCAAUCAGAUAACAAUGAAUACACCAAACUGCAACACACGGAACAACCACAGGUACUGGCCCCGUAUUCCUUGUACGAAAAGACUAACGAUACUGACAAAUUGUUCGACCCGUCGCUUGGAAGAGAUCGCAAUGCCGACCGAGUUCCUAAGAUAUUGACGGAUGAAGGAUUGAAGAGUGAUCACAGGAAGGGAUACAAAAUAGACAAAAUUGUCACCGGGAGUUACAGAAUUAACAAACUGUAGAAUUAAUGCAUGCACUGUGAAAUUUCUUUUUAUUUACUUGAAGAACUAUGCCAAGUUUGCACAAAUGUUCGCUUUAUAGCAACAUAUUAUUUGGACAGGACAAUUUAGAAGUUGGACAAAUAUCGGUGUCUUCCAUGUUCCUUAGUUUUACAGAGUUGCAAAUAUAUAUUUGCAGACUUUAUCUUAUUUAUUGUAGCUUAUACAUUAUACAUUGAUUUUGCUGCUAAUCGGGGACUUUACACGAAAUUCAGGACAGGGCUUACCAAUACAAAACACGCGUUUUGCAAUAGAAAUAAUGCAUUUGUUUAAAUCUAAAUAAUUUCUUUUUUAGAUAAUUCUUGAUUUGAAUGAAACUAGGCACAGACGUCGUACAUCCGCUACAAAUGUUGGUAGAUAAAUUUAAAAUGGUCGCCAUUUCUCAAGAAAAAUAUGACUAUGUGAUAAGACAGAUAAUUUGCGAGUUACCAGAUUUGGUUCAAUUUUUAUAUAAUGUCCGAUGGUAAUUAG